AUGAAGACUCUGGCGCAAUUCUCCGCUGUUCGUCAGGACUCUGAUGACGAUGCACAAAGAAGCGUCGAGUUGCUCGCCAUGGCCGACCACCAUAGCGAUACCAAGUCCGGUACGCCUCGCCAAUGGUCACAGAACGACCGCGAGGCUGCUUUACAAGAUAAAUGGUCACUAUUUCCUUGGCGAGUAGCUUCCGUUCUGCUGGCGCUCCCUCUUGCUCUUGCCGGCAUUGUCAGCCUCGCAGCCGCCGCAGAAACGGUAUCUCAAAGUUACAUUAUGGGGCGAGACUGCUAUCCGAACGGUCUUUGGAAGGAAGCUUCCGGUGCAACAUGGCGCAUUAUGGAUUCUUCUUACUUCUUCACGCCUAACUUGAGUUUUGGAGCUAUGACCUUUACACAGGUAAAAGUCAUUGAUGUUGCCUGGGAUCUGAUUAUUGGAAGAGGUGGACAACUUUUGCUGGCAUGGGCGAACUAUCGCGUCUUCAACGAGUGGCUGGUGUACCACAUGGAGAUGCAUCACACAUCGUACAAACUGUAUGCCGCCGUAGCCUUCGAAACAACAACAAUGGGCACGCUCGGUGUACUGGGGAAAGAAUUCUUAGCUUUUGGGGCGGGCACCUGGAAGCGCUUAUUCCGAUGGCUGGCAAUACUUUCAAUGUUGCUAUCCACGCUCUAUGUGAUCUCGUUCCCGACUUUGAUGGCAGCCAUGACAGGUUACAUCGCGACUUAUGAGCCAUACAUAGAGGAUUUUGAUGGGAACCUCCUCGGAUGGAGCCAGGUGAAACAGGUGGAGUACAUUAUCCACGACGCUGAUCGAUUGGACGGUUUCGAUGCGCCGCUCGUUGCUACAACAGACGAUAAGCCGCUCGUCGAUGCUAUUGAUAAUUACCGUAAGCAGUUCGGAAACUGGACCUGGGAAUAUGAAGUGAAUGGCGUGCCUCGGGUAGGUUUUGGCUUCAACGGUACCAACAAUACAAAUAUAACAGCCGAAUUUGUGCUGGAAGGCGUCAAGUUACCCCUGUUCCGAAGCCUCCAAAUUACCAGAUUUCCUGUCGAAUACGCAAAGUUGAACUCCGUUCCACUACAUGAACACCCUGGAUACCAAUAUGCUUUUGAGAAGCGCCCAGACUCGAACCACACCUACGACGCGGCUUAUUUGCUGGAGCAUGGAUCUUGCAAACCUAGCGAGACGUAUCAGUGGGGGUUCUCUUACAUCUUUCUAUUCAUGGUCUCCAUCUUCAACUUCAUCUGGGUCUGCAUCAUGGUCGGCAUGUGGCUUGAUACACGGCGAGGGUCAAGAAUGUAUAGGAGUGGCAGGAGACCCGGGCUUUUGCGCAGUAUCAUCGAAUAUUCGGCAGCGAUACGAGAAGAGCUAGGCAGUGAAGCCGAAUAUCUGGAGGAGGAUGACCUGCGAAAACGUUUGACGCAGAGUAACGGAGCGUUGGUUGUGGAGAAGGCUGAGCUCAGAGUGACACGUACGAACAUGAGCACUGGAGUGAAGACAACUAAAAGUGGUUGGAAGCGGAAUCUCACGAAAGGCAGCACUUUUUGA